UGUCUCUUCAAGCUGAGAUCCUCCAGUGUCUAUUGUGGGAUAGUGGGAUAGUGUUCACAAAUUAUAAUCGUAAUUCGACCUGUGACGUUCUUUCUGAAUUUCGAUCGCACCAUCCGCUAUGGCGAAUCCUAGGGUUUUCUUUGACAUGUCAAUCGGUGGAGCACCGGCUGGACGGAUCGUGAUGGAAUUGUUCGCAGACACGACGCCUCGCACGGCGGAGAAUUUCCGGGCGCUGUGCACGGGUGAGAAGGGGAUAGGGCGGAGCGGGAAGCCGCUGCACUACAAGGGGUCGAGUUUUCACAGAGUCAUCCCGGGAUUCAUGUGCCAGGGUGGGGAUUUCACAGCCGGAAAUGGAACCGGUGGAGAAUCGAUAUACGGUGCGAAAUUCGAGGAUGAGAAUUUCGCAAAGAAGCACACUGGACCUGGAAUAUUAUCGAUGGCCAACGCGGGCCCUGACACCAAUGGAUCUCAGUUCUUCAUUUGUACGGCUAAGACAGCGUGGCUGGAUGGAAAGCACGUGGUGUUUGGACAGGUAGUGGAGGGCAUGGAUGUGGUGAAGGCGAUCGAGAAGGUUGGCUCCUCCUCUGGUAGAACCUCCAAGCCUGUUGUCAUCGCCGACUGCGGCCAACUUUCUUGAGCCUGAAUUUUCGGUUGCAGAAUAAAACUUUGCACUGCAUGGAAUCUAGACCGAAUUUGGUGACUUUAGUCUGAGACGUUGGCCUUUGCUGUUUACCAUCAAAAAUAGAUUAGAACUUAGAAGUGCGAAGGUAUAUGAAGAAGAUGGAUAUGAAGUAUGCGAGUUCGCGGCUGUAAUGUGAUUUCGUACCAUACAACUUACAGGAGUCUCUACUCUCUGUAUGCUUAGGUGUUUCGUUUAGUGAAGCACAAGCUUGAUGGGGGUAAUAAUAAUCUUGAUGCUAUGAAAACUGUUUUCUUUUUCUUCCUCUCAA